AUGAGUGACGUUCGUUCUGUGUCGCUUCAAUCCUCAGUUGGAACUACUACUGCGGAAGAAUUGGCCAAUAAAUAUCAAAAACUGUUUGAUGAAUACUCAAAGAUAAAGGCGCAGCAAACAGUUCUUAAAAAGGCGGUUAUCAAGGAACAAGCCGCUAAUGUUUCAUUACAUGAGGAAGUGAAAACAAAAGAACAUGAAUUACGGACGUCAUUACAGCAACUUGAUCUCUUAACGUUUCACAACCAACGCCUCACAAAACGUAUUGAAAGUCUUCAGGAGUCAGGAAACACUCGUUUAGCUCCUGGAUGGUUAUUAGGUUCAGCUAAGAAAGAGCUCGAAAGAUCUAAAUCUACGCUUGAAGCUUUAAGUACCGAUUUAGGAAGAAAAAUUGCCGAGAAUGAGAGAUUACAUGCAGAUCUGAAUGAAGUUAAUGGUCUAUAUGCACAUCAUAAACAAUUGCUGCAAGAAAAAUUAUCAGACCUGGAGAAGAGAAAUGAAGAGCUGCAGGUAGAAUUAAAGAGAUCACACCUCGCAGGUGAAGAGGCGGUAACUAUGGCUCAUAAAGAGAAACAACAUGUUGAAUCAGAAUUAGAGAAAACGCGAGCUGAACUUAAAACAACAAAAUCCUUUUUGGAAGAAAAUGAGUGUAAAAUGAAAGAUGAAGAGGAUUCAUUAAGAGCUGAAGUAUCUGCUUUACAAGACACACUAUCAAUUACUCUUGGAUUAUCCGAAGAUUCGGACAAAUUUAACACACUAUAUAACAAAGUCGAUUCAGAAGCCGAUGAAAUCAUUGCGAGCUUUAGACAAUUGCAAUCUAGUGCACGGGAAUAUUUGAUGGCACUCAAGGAAAAUUCACGUUCACAUUCUCUUGGGUUACAAAUGAAAAAUGCCAGUCAAGCAUGGCACCAAAAUCUCCAAAUAUUGGCGGUUAAAUUGGCUUCUUCUCAAAGUCGAAUAUCCGAGCUCGCAUUGGAAAAAGAGAAAUUAGCAAAAGAAAAUGAAAAUAACGCGCGAAAAAUAGCAAUGUUAGAAACAGAAAUUGUUCGAUUAAAAGAAGAAUUGGCGAAACAACACUCGAAUGACACCACCAAAAAAGAAACGGAGAGUGCCAAAAUCGAAACCAAUGGAACAUCAGCAACCGAAGAAAAUCAUUUACUCGAGGAAAACUUUACACUUUUGGAAAAGGAAAAUAUCAUUGAGAAUGAAAUAUCAAAAGAAACCCAAAGAGACGUGAAAAAUACUCUGCCUGUUAAUGAUGCUAAUGACGCUAAUGGCAUUAAUCAUGAAGAGACCUUGACAAAAGAUGAAAAGGACAUUUCCCAAGAGGAAACACAAGAUCAGAUUGCAUCGAAUCAUGAUUCUGAUAUCAAUACAGAUGGAAAUGAAGAUGAUGUUGAUCUAGCUGCAGAGAUUGCUGCUGCACACUUGUUAAGUGCUGCUGAAUUGGGUACAGUGGAUGAUAACGCUCCUGAAAACAAUGCUGUUACUAAUGCAGAAGGUGAUGAAGAGGACGAUGAUGACGACGAGUCUGUAUUUGUUUAUGAGCCAACUGACGAGACACAAAUAUCUCAAGAUCAUCAAACAUCUUUGCUUGAAACGACUCGAGAAAUAAAAACUUUACAAUCUAUGCAGCCUCUAAAUAUACGAUUAUUUAAUUCUGAAAGAGACCAAGACCAAUCUAUUGUUAUGCUGGAGCAUGAUACUGAGCGUAUGGCUAUCUCAGGUGAUGCCACGCGUGAAUUGUUAAUAAAGAAACACUACGAAACCAAAAUUCAACAAUUGACAGAACAGUUGCAACUUGCCGAUAGUAAAUCGGUUAGGUUUCAUAAAGCUUUGAAAGUGAUGCAAGCUAAAUUGAGCGAAGCAGAGAUCGAAAAAGAAAACUUCCGAAAAGAUAUCUUGAAGCUUCAAGAUGAAAAAACGCAAGCGAAGAUUGAAUUCGACGAAACAAAACAAAACCACCAAAAGCAGGUAGAUCUAAUGACAGAUUUUAUCAAUCAACUGCAAGAACAACAUGAAAACCCAACGGGAAGUCUAUCGCGACCCGGAAUAACUAAUUAG